GCAGCUUCUUACCAACUUUACAUGUACCACGGAUGAGUGGUCGUGGUUUUGCUUCUGACAAUUGAAUUCUGAUUUCUGCCUAUUCACGCCGCGUCGCGUGUAAAUAAAUAAUACAAUUAAUUGUGCAGAAAUAAUAAUUUUUAAUAUACUGUAACAAGGAUGAGUUCUAUAGGAACAGGGUACGAUCUCUCGGCAUCGCAGUUUUCUCCCGAUGGUCGAGUUUUUCAAGUGGAAUACGCACAAAAAGCGGUAGAAAAUAGUGGCACCGUCAUUGGCCUCCGUGGUAAAGAUGGGGUCGUAUUUGCUGUUGAAAAACUCGUCACCUCUAAGCUCUAUGAACCUGGCGCUAACAAGCGUCUUUUCAAUAUAGAUAAUCAUGUCGGAAUGGCAGUUUCUGGCCUGUCUUCCGAUGCACGACAAAUCGCUGAAACUGCACGCACGGAAGCAGCCAGCUACCGUGCUCAGUACGGCAUAGGAAUACCUCUGAAAUAUUUGAAUGACCGUGUGUCAAUGUACAUGCACGCUUAUACCUUAUACUCAGCUGUACGGCCCUACGGCUGUUCGGUUAUAAUCGGAGCAUAUGAAGCUGAUGGCCCAGUAAUGUACAUGAUCGAUCCAUCCGGCGUUUCUUAUGGCUAUUACGGAUGUGCUAUUGGUAAAGCAAAACAGUCUGCCAAAACAGAAAUAGAAAAAUUGAAACUUGCCGAUAUGUCCUGUAAGGAUUUGAUUAGAGAAGCAGCAAGGAUAAUUUACUUGCUGCACGACGAAUUGAAAGACAAACAAUUUGAGUUGGAAAUGAGUUGGGUUGGAAAUCACACAAACGGUAGACACGAACGUGUGCCAUUCGAGAUAAAGGCAGAGGCUGAAACGAAAGCACGGCAAGCGAUGGACGAAGAUUCUGAUAGCGAUACCGAAGACAUGUGAAAUGUGUAAUGAAUAUUAUUAAAUAUAAUUAAGAAAUAAUAUGUAAUUUUCAAGAAACUAUCACGAAGUAUGUAUAAAUUACUGCGAAAAAUACAUUCUUUGUUUAUAGA